GGUCAAACAACCCAUCACCACCAAAAUAUGUCCACUACUACUUACUACAACACUGGGUUUCAUGGCAUAUAUCCUAAUACGAAUAAGAUAAAAGUCAAUGUGACUAGAUUCAAACCAUUAAUGUUACAUUGUUGUGCAAGUGCAACCACACAACAGUUUGAGAGUAGUAAUACUAGUAAUAGUGAUGAUGUUGAGAAACGUGGUCGUUUGAGGUUGAAUGACUACUUUAAACAAUCUAGUGAUUUGUUGUUAGUCAAAGGUGGUGGUGAUGGUGGGCCUCCACGUUGGUUUUCCCCAUUGGAGUGUAGUGUUUCUUGCUUAAAUAACUCGUCCCCUCUCUUGCUCUCUUUACCAGGAGUGGAUGGUAAUGGGCUUUCCCUUCUUUUGCAUCAUCAACGCCUUGGAGAGAUCUUUGAUAUAUGGUGCUUACAUAUACCUAUCACAGAUCGAACACCUUUUACAGAUCUUGUGAAGUUUGUAGAAAGUACGGUCAGAUCUGAAAAUAACCGUGUUCCAGACCGACCGAUAUAUCUUGUUGGUGAAUCACUUGGUGCAUGCAUUGCACUGGCCGUUGCUGCCCGUACCACAAAUAUUGAUAUUGUGUUAGUUUUGGCCAAUCCAGCUACAAGUUUUGGGAAGUCACAGUUGCAGCCUCUAAUACCUAUAUUAAAAAUCUUGCCCGAUCAUAUUCGGCCGGGUCUUCCUUAUUUGAUGAGCUUAAUGACAGGCGUUCCUUCAAGAAUGGUGGUGUCCACUGCAGCGAAAGGACUUACUGCACAACAAACAAUCACUGAUCUAUCGGAAACUGUUACAUUAUUGUUCACGUACCUCUCUGACCUUGGAGAUGUGUUGAAUGUUGAAACGAUUCUUUGGAAGCUGAAGUUACUUGAAUCAGCAUGUGCAUAUUCGAACUCAUGUUUGCAUUCUGUUUCAGCUCAGACAUUAAUACUCUCGAGCGGGAACGAUCAACUAUUGCCAAGUCUCAAAGAAGGUGAAAGACUUCGACAAAUUCUACCAAAAUGCCAGAUACGUUCAUUUAGUGAUUGCGGUCAUGCACUGUUUCUGGAAGAAAGUUUUGAUCUGGUAACAGUCAUAAAGGGUGCUGGUUUUUAUCGGCGUGCAAAACAUAUAGAUUAUGCCUCGGACUUUUUACUUCCAAGCUCUCAUGAAAUUAAAGAAAUUGUAGAUUCUGUAAAAUGGUUGGAUUUUGCUACUUCUCCUGUGAUGCUGUCAACUUUGGAAAAUGGGAAGAUUGUGAGGAAUCUAUCUGGAAUUCCUUCUGAAGGACCAGUAUUAUUUGUGGGCUGCCACAAUAUGUUAGGAUUUGAAGUGAUUCCUAUGAUUCGCCGCUUUAUAAUUGAGAGAAAUAUCAUUAUUAGGGGAGUAGCACACCCCAUGUUGUUUAUGAAGUUAAAAGAAGGUAGUAUGCCUGAUUUAGCAACAUAUGAUGUAACACGAGUUUUGGGUGCAGUUCCUGUAUCAGCAUCCAACCUCUACAAACUCUUUUCCAUGAAAGCUCAUAUUCUCUUGUAUCCAGGAGGUGUGCGUGAAGCUCUUCAUAGAAAGGGUGAGGAAUACAAAUUAUUCUGGCCAGAGCAGUCAGAGUUUGUGAGAAUGGCUGCUAGAUUUGGAGCCACAAUUAUACCAUUUGGUGCUGUUGGGGUAGAUGAUUAUGCUCAAGUGUUACUAGAUUAUGAUGAUCAAAUGAAGAUUCCUUUUAUGAAGGAUCAUGUCGAAAAAGUAACUGAUGAAUCUAUAAAGCUAAGGACUGACACCAAAGGAGAAAUUGGAAAUCAAGAUCUACACAUGCCUAUAUUUGUACCUAAAGUACCCGGGCGUUACUAUUAUCUAUUUGGAAAGCCAAUCAAAACAGAAGGGAGAAGGGAGGAAUUGAGGAAUAGAGAAAAAGCACAUGAGUUGUAUCUAGAAGUGAAAGGGGAGGUGGAAAAGUGCCUUAAUUAUUGCAAGACGAAAAGAGAAAGUGACCCGUACAGGAAUAUAAUACCCCGGUUAAUGUAUCAAGCCUCUCAUGGGCUGGAAUCUGAGGUCCCAACCUUCGAUUUUGAUUAGUAAAAUUUGCAUGACUAUAUGAAGCUAUUCUUAUUGAGGAUCUUGCUUUGUUGGCCUUCCUGAAUCUCAUUCUUUUGUAACGAUUAGUCUACAAGUCGUCAUUGAGAUGAUUUUGUGUACAAAUGUUGUACUAGUGUACAAAUGUUGGCCUUCCUGGAAUAUUGUGGUUGGUGUCAAUGUAGAUUAUGAACUGAUGUUUUUUGGUUUGUCAUAAGAGGGAUGUUUGUUACAACUCUAUAUAUUGGUGGACAUGUUUCUAACAUAAGGGGUUGAGCAAGGUUCAUUAAGGAUGGAACAAAAAGUAUUGAUAAUGCACCUAGGCACCAAAUUAUUGACGAUUGAAGAUGUAUCAUCAUUCUCUGUAAAAUACAUCAAUUUCUUAUACUUAA